AUGCGCAUGCUCCGUGGUUGUUGUAGCAACCGACUUUAGCGUUAUAACCACAACAGCGUGAACUCUGUUAGCUGUAUUUAAAGACAGAAAAAACUGAAAUGUAGUUGAAGUUUGCGACAUGUAAAAUAAAAACAGCUUCUCGUAAUUUAUCCCGCUAACGUGGUUUUGCUGGUGUUACCGGAGGUACCGGAGUCCAGCUGCAGGAUGUCCGCCGUCAACAGCCUCGUCCCGGCUCGGUUCCUCACCAUCACCGCUCACCUGGUCAUCGUCAUCACCAUCUUCUGGUCCAGGGAAAAUAACGUAAAGGCUUGUUUGCCUUUAGAUUACACACAGGAGCAGUACGACAACGAAGACAAAAAGUUGGUGGUGGCGCUGGCCGUCACUCUCGGUCUGUUUGCUGUGGAACUGGCUGGUUUCUUCUCAGGAGUGUCCAUGUUCAACUGCAGCCAAGGCCUCCUGUCUCUGGCUGUCCACUGCAGCGCCUCCGUGUCCUUGUCUUUCUUUGUGUUUGAGAAGUGGGAAUGCUGGACGUAUUGGGUUGUUUUUGCCACCUGCAGUGUGCUGCCAGCUUUUGUGGAGGUUCUUCUGUUCAUAGCAGUUUUUGGAGUGAAGAAGAAGCCAUAUUAAACAACAGUCCAGAUGUAAAGUUCUACAAAUUAGUGUGGAAGUGGAAUUAUGGGGCUGUAAUAUCAGAUUUCUUUAUAUUGAGGUACAAAUGAUGACCUGAAAAACACGCAUAUGUGGAUACAUGGCAGCAUCAAAGUGGCUGUCCAUCAUGUUUUUUUUAAAUAUUUUUGUAUAUUUUGAUUAGAAUAGAUGCAGAAAAAAGCAUUUAUUUUGAACAUUGUAGUUUGAAAAGGACGUCUUUCAACAAUCGCAACUCUUAACUUUAUGAAGACAAGUCAGUAAAUGCUGACAUUUUCGUAUCUUGGAAUCCUACUUUAAUAAAAAAAAAAAAUUGUAUUUUUAUACAAAUUCCUUCCUGAACUGUUGAUGUUUUUCUGUUUUGCAUUUUUCACACUGUUUGUACAAAUAACCUCUACUCUGGCCUGAUUAGUAGACGCCUGCCACAACCAUGACCUUAAUGCAGUAAUAUCAGCAUUUUUGUAGAAUAUUGCUAAGAGUUAAGUGGCUGAAAUGAAAAAAACAUGACAUGACCAAAUACAGUAGGCAAAAAAAUGAACAUUAUGAAUGUAAUGCAAUCAAUAAAGAUGAUGAAGAAAACAACAGAAAGAAAAACGUUAAAGAUUGUAUACUCAUUGACAGAUUUCUUUUACUGCUUAACUGAAUGAUUUUGACAUUCACAACUAAACAUUGCAACUUAUUUUGUUUUAUAUUUUGUACAUAUAUUGAAAAAAAAGUCUCCCUUAGCUGUAGAAAGUUUGUGAAUUAGUAUUUUUCCUGUGAUGGAUAAUUCAUCCCCAAUGCCAACUUGUGAUUUAUAGUGAAUUUUUAUUUGACCAAUAGGUUUCUUGUGGCUGGAAAUGACAUAAACAAGUGACAAAUGACAAAUUUUAA